AGGCGGCCUAUCUACUCACUGAUUGGUGCGGGGGCGAGCUGAUUUCCGGGAGCUGCCCAUUGGUGGAGGCGAGAUAUUUGAACUGAGCAAAAGCGGCUAGGUUGCUUCCCUCGGAGUUAGGGAGUCGUUGGGUACCCUGAUAUUUUUUCUGAUCUUUGGCUUCUGGGAAGGCGGCGGGACCCGGGCAGCGGGUACCCGACGCCCCGGAGCGUGCGGCUGCCAUGGCCACGCGGCAGGCCGCUUACAGCCCCGAGGAGAGCGGGCGGCGCGCGCGCCGGGAUCCCGCGGCCGGUGACGGGUCUCCGCCGGUGCUGUUGCUCAGCCACUUCUGUGCGGCUCCCUUCCUCUGCUUCGGGGACGUUCGCGUGGGCACGUCGCGGACACGGUCUCUGGUCUUGCACAACCCUCACGAGGAGCCUCUGCAGGUGGAGCUGUCGCUGGUGCGCGCCAUAGGCCAGGGCUUCAGCGUCUUGCCGAACCGCUGCGAGCUGAAGCCUAAGGAAAAAAUUACUGUUUCUGUUACCUGGACACCACUGAAAGAAGGGCGAGUAAGGGAGAUUGUGACAUUUCUUGUGAAUGAUUUUCUGAAGCACCAGGCUAUCUUACUAGGAAAUGCAGAAGAACACAGAAAGAAAAAGCGAAGUCUUUGGAAUACCAAUAAGAAGAUUCCAGCCUCCUUGAAACAUACUAAAAGGACUUCCAAAAGCCAAAUUUUUAAUGAAUCAUUUACUAUUUCACAAAGAGUUGACAGAAUUAGGAACCCACUGCAGGCUUGUGAAAAUCUGGCUAUGAGUGACUGCUGUUCUCAAACGGAAAACAAUUCUUUAUCCCUUGAAGAAAACAAAAUACCCACCUCUUCUAUCAGCCCUAUUAAAGACUGCCAGAGUGAAGCUUGCUUGCCACGGUUUUUCUCUGGGUCUGGUGCCUAUUCAUCUCGUCAUGCACGUGAAAAUGUACAACAUUUAAAAGUACAAGAUCCCAGUGUUUCAAAAGAUUUUAAUUAUAACAAGGAAGUCACAAAUGAAACUUUUCUUAAUCCCAUCAGUGUUAGUGACCAAAGUGAAGGGACUAGCAAAUUCACUCUUGCCCCAAACUGUUCUUCACCUUUGAGUGUUACACAGACCCAAAUACAUUUUCUAAGUCCGGAUUCUUUUGUAAAUAACAACCAUGCAUCUGAUAAUGGCCUAGGAUUAGUGAGAAAUGUCUUAUCAGAUACAUUUAGCGACACUCAUUCAGAGUCCCUGUGUGUGGAACCCCAAGCUGUACAUAAAGUUUGCCAAACAAUCUUAAGCCCAGAUUCUUUUUUAAAUGAUAAUUAUGGACUUAGAAAAGGUCUAAAGUCCGAAUCAGUCGAUCCCAUUGUAUCUCCAACAGAAUUUGUAAAGGAUAACAUGGUACACGUAGGUCAGCAAACAUGUAAGUUAUCAGCAUUAUCAAAUACAACUCAUCAGGAUUGGAGAAUAAAUGGUUUGGCACAUAACCCUAAGUGUCAACAUUCAGAAACUCCCAAAGUUAUUUUUGAAAAACAAAACCCUGUGGAAAUGAGGUCACAUAACUACGGAUUUACAAAUCAAGAUUCUAAUAUUCCUGAGAUUCAAGAUGCUUCUCUUUGUGACCAGAGUAAACAGCUGAAGAGACGCCCAAUCCUUUCUGCUACUGUUACUAAAAGGAAGCCCACUAGUGCCAGAGAAAAGCUACCUGAGAUUGGUAAACCAAAUGCAAAAAGGCGUCUCAAAGGUAUAGUAGGUGAGUUUGGAAAAGAAAUGGAUGACCCCGAAGAGAAAGGCUUUCAUUCUUACCCUCCAGUUGUAAAGUCAGUAAUAAGUAAACAUCAGAAUUACAAGGAUGAAGUGACACCUUCAGCCACAGUUUCCGUUCCUCGUAAAAGAAGGAGUAGCGGAGCAGUGGAAGACACAAAUGGAAAGCUACCUUUUACAGAGCAUACGGACACGUGUGAAAUUAAACGAAUCCAUUUUUCUCCUCUCAAAUCUACACCAUCAACCAUUGCAAGAACCAGAAGGAAAGGAGCACGCGCCCCAAGGCGUAUCAGCUCCUCGAACCCUAGCCUGAGCCUGAAGAAAACUGAUUCAUCAGUAUUAAAAACGCCUCUUUCUAAAACAAAGAAAAGGACACGACCCAUUGUUGGUGUAGCACAGUCUCAUCUCACCUUUAUAAAACCAAUAAAAGCAGCUAUUCCUAGACACCCAAUGCCAUUUGCUGCAAAGAACAUGUUCUAUGAUGAACGCUGGAAGGAGAAGCAGGAACAGGGCUUUACUUGGUGGCUAAAUUUCAUAUUAACGCCUGAUGACUUCACUGUAAAAACCAAUGUUUCUGAAGUAAACGCUGCCACCCUUGUCUUAGGAGUAGAGAGCCAACAUAAAGUAAGCAUCCCGAAAGCCCCGACAAAAGAUGAAGUGUCUCUCAGAGCUUACACAGCCAGCCGCAGGCUGAACAGAUUACGUCGUACAGCUUGUUCCUUGUUUACUUCUGAAAAGAUGGUGAAAGCUAUUAAAAAGCUUGAAAUUGAAAUCGAAGUUGGGCGGCUAAUUGUUCGAAAAGAUAGACACCUCUGGAAAGAUAUUGGACAGCGCCAAAAAGUCCUGAAUUGGCUCUUGUCAUAUAAUCCUUUGUGGCUUCGAAUUGGCCUGGAGACAGUUUAUGGAGAACUGAUCCCUCUGGCAGACAACAGUGAUGUCCCAGGGCUGGCAACCUUCAUUCUGAAUCGCUUACUUUGGAACCCUGAUAUAGCAGCUGAAUACAGACACCCCACGGUCCCCCUCCUGUUUCGAGAUGGUCAUGAAGCAGCUUUAUCUAAGUUCACGUUGAAAAAAUUACUGUUGUUGGUCUGUUUCCUUGACCAUGCUAAAAUUUCCAGACUUAUUGAUCACGAUCCUUGUCUGUUUUGUAAAGAUGCUGAAUUCAAGGCUAGCAAAGAACUACUUCUGGCCUUUUCGAGAGACUUCCUAAGUGGUGAAGGUGACCUUUCUCGUCACCUUAGCUUAUUGGGAUUACCUGUGGGACACGUUCAGACCCCACUUGACGAAUUUGAUUUUGCUGUUACGAAUCUUGCUGUGGACUUGCAGUGUGGAGUGCGCCUUGUGCGAACCAUGGAACUUCUUACGCAGAACUGGAAUCUGUCAGAGAAGCUCAGGGUCCCUGCAAUAAGCCGAGUUCAGAAGAUGCACAACGUUGAUGUUGUUCUUCAGGUUCUGAAAUCACGAGGAGUCCCACUGACUGACGAGCAUGGAAACACUAUCUCGUCUAAGGAUAUUGUGGACAGGCACAGAGAGAAAACACUAGGACUGCUUUGGAAAAUAGCAUUUGCUUUUCAGGUGGAUAUUUCUCUUAAUUUAGAUCAAUUAAAGGAAGAAAUUGAGUUUCUAAAACAUGCACGCAAUAUAAAGACAGCAAUAUCUGUACUAACAUCCCAUUCUCAAACUGUUACUAAUAAGCCAAAAGAGAAAAGAACUAGUGAAUCCUUUGAACACUAUGGUGACAGUGUGAAACUGUUGAUGGACUGGGUAAAUGCUGUUUGUGCCUUCUAUAAUCAAAAGGUGGAGAAUUUUACAGUGUCUUUCUCAGAUGGCCGUGUGCUGUGUUAUCUGAUCCACCAUUACCACCCGUGCUAUGUGCCUUUCGAUGCCAUAUGCCAGCGCACCACUCAGUCUGUGGCCUGCGCACAGACUGGCUCAGUGGUGUUGAAUUCUUCAUCUGAAUCGGAAGGAAGUUGCCUGAACCUGUCUCUCGAAGCACUGGAUCACGAAAACACUCCAGAAGUAUACAAAGAGCUUCUAGAAAACGAAAAGAAAAAUUUUCACUUGGUGAGAUCGGCAGCUAGAGAUCUUGGGGGAGUCCCUGCUAUGAUUCACCACUCAGACAUGUCAAAUACAAUUCCAGAUGAAAAGGUGGUUAUUACCUACUUGUCAUUUCUUUGUGCAAGGCUUUUGGAUCUCCGUAAAGAAAUAAGAGCUGCCCGACUUAUACAGACAACAUGGAGAAAAUAUAAACUAAAAAGAGACCUGAAACACCAUCAGGAAAGAGAUAAAGCUGCUAGAAUCAUUCAGUCAGUUGUUCUCAAUUUUCUAACUAGACGAAGAUUACAAAAAAAAGUCAGUGCAGCUCUAGUCAUUCAGAAAUGUUGGCGGAGAGCCUCAGCACAGAAGAAACUGCUGAUGCUGAAAAAUGAAAAGCUGGCAAAACUUCAAAGUAAAUCAGCAUCACUUAUUCAGGCUUGCUGGAGAAGAUACUCUGCCAGAAAACAGUUUCUGAAGUUGAAAUACUAUUCAGUCAUCCUUCAGUCUAGGAUAAGAAUGAAAAUUGCUCUGACAUCUUACAAACGAUAUCUCUGCGCCACAGUUACAAUUCAGAGACGCUGGCGCGCCUGUUUAAGAAGAAAGCAGGAUCAACAAAGAUUUAAAAUACUGAAAUCUUCGUCCCUUGUAAUCCAGUUUAUGUUCAGAAGGUGGAAGCGACGCAAGUUGCAAUUGCAAACCAAAGCCGCAGUAACAUUGCAGCGAGCUUUUAGAGAUUGGCAUCUCAGAAAACAAACACGAGAAAGAUCCACUGUUGUGAUACAAUCGUGGUAUAGAAUGCAUAGAGAAUUGCAGAAAUAUAAUUAUAUUAGAUCAUGUGUUAUAGUCAUCCAGAGAAGAUUCCGGUGCUUUCAAGCCCAAAAGUUAUAUAAGAGAAGGAAAGACGCCGUCCUGACUCUCCAGCAACAGUACAGGGCGUAUCAGAGGCGGAAGCUGGCACGCACUGAGUAUUUGCAGAAGCGAGCUGCUGCCAUUCGACUGCAGGCUGCAUUCAGAGGUAUGAAGGCUCGAAAUUCGUACAGUUUGCAAAUCCGAGCUGCCUGUGUUCUGCAGUCCUAUUGGAGAAUGAGACAGCAAAGGAUUCGAUUUUUAAGCACUAGAAGGAUUAUUAUCAAGUUGCAAGCACACAUAAGAAAACAUCAACAGCUACAGCGAUAUAAGAGGGUAAAGAAAGCCGCUGUCAUAAUUCAGGCUCAUUUCCGCGCUUCCGUUUCAGCCCGGAAGGCUCUAGCAUCUUACCAGAAAACACGCUCUUCAGUCAUUGUUCUACAGUCUGCAUAUAGAAGGAUGCAAGCCAGGAAAAGGUUUUGUCACACUUUAGCAUCUGUUAUAAAGAUUCAGUCAUAUUAUCGGGCCUAUAUAUCCAGAAAGAAAUUUCAGAGCUUGAGAAAUGCAACCAUAAAGCUCCAGUCAGUUGUCAAAAUGAAACAAACACGUAAGCAGUAUUUACAAGUAAGAGCGGCUGCCCUAAUUAUCCAGCAGUGGUACCGUUCCCAAAAAAUGGCUGCUCAAAAGAGAAAAGAAUUCACACAGGUGCGGGAAUCCUGUAUCAAAUUGCAAGCAUAUUUUAGAGGAUGCCUGGUCAGAAAGCAGAUGAGGUUGCAGAGCAAAGCUGCCAUUUCUCUCCAGUCUUACUUCAGAAUGAGGAAAGUGAGGCAGCAGUACCUGAAGAUGUACAAGGCGGCUGGAGUCAUUCAGGAUUUCUACCGUGCGUACAAAGCACAAGUCAGGCAAAGGAAGAACUUCCUGCAGGUCAGAGGAGCAACGGUUUGUUUGCAGGCAGCUUACAGAGGCUACAAAGUACGCCGGCUGAUCAAGCAGUGGUCUACAGCUGCUAUUACCAUUCAGAGGGUUUUUAGAGGCUAUAGUCAAAGGAUGAAAUACCAAGCUGUGCUUCGGUCUGUUGUGAACAUUCAGAAGUGGUACAGGGCACACAAGCUUGCUUAUGACACGAGAACACAAUUUGUAAGGACAAGAAUGGCAGUGGUUUCUCUGCAGUCUGCCUACCGCGGCUGGAGAGUUCGGCGGCAGCUCAGGAGGGAACAUCAGGCUGCAGUGACGAUCCAGGCAACUUUUAGAAUGCUCAUGGCCCGGAAGCAGUUUAGAUUACUAAGAAGAGCUGCAGUGGUCAUCCAGCAGCAUGCCAGGGCAUGGGCUGCAGGAAACAGGCAGCGCUUGGAGUACACUGAACUCCGUCGAGCCGCUCUGGUGUUUCAGGCAGCUUGGAAAGGAAGGAUGCUGAGAAGACAGAUUGCCUGGCAGCACAAAUGCGCCAUCCUCAUACAGUCGUAUUACAGAAUGCAUAUUCAACGCAGGAAGUGGACAGUCAUGAGAACAGCUGCUCUUCACGUUCAGGUGCGUUACAGGGCUUACAAAGUUGGAAAAGAACAGCGCUGUUUCUAUUUGAAAACAAAAGCAGCUACAGUAAUUUUACAGUCAGCUUACCGUGGUAUGAAAGUGAGAAAACAAAUAAAAGAAUGCCACAAAGCAGCAGUCACUAUACAGUCUAAAUUCCGGGCCUACAACAGCCAAAAGAAGUACACCAGCUAUAGAGCUUCAGCUGUCACUAUUCAGAGAUGGUAUCGGAACAUUAAAAUUACAACCCAGCAGCACCAGGAUUAUCUUACCUUAAAGAAAACAGCAAUUAAAGUUCAAGCUGCUUAUAGAGGCAUUAGAGCAAGAAGACAUGUUCAGCGCAUGCACGCGGCAGCCACGCUUAUUAAAGCCAUGUUUAAGAUGCACCAGUCGAGAGUAAGAUACCGCAGGAUGAGAAGAGCAGCUGUUGUCAUUCAGGUGCAAUACAGAGCCUAUUAUGUAGGGAAAGCUCAGCGGGACAAGUACCUGAGGACUUUGAACGCUAUUAAAACUCUUCAGGCCGCCGUCAGAGGAGCAAGAGUUAGACAGACUGUAAGAAAGAUGCACAUUGCCGCAACACUCAUUCAGUCGUACUUUAGAAGAUACAGACAGCAAACAUAUUUUCAUCGGCUGAGGAAGGUGACAGAAAUGAUGCAGCAAAGGUACCGAGCAGUGAAAGAAAGAAACAUUGUGUUUCAGAGGUACAGUAGACUGAGGCAUUCUGUCAUCCUCAUCCAGGCUGCCUUUAGGGGGCUGAAAACGAGGAGGCAUCUACAAGCUAUGCAUUUGGCUGCUACUCUUAUUCAGAGGAGAUUCAGAACUCUACUGAUGAGAAGAAAGUUCCUCACUCUCAGGAAAACUGUUAUUUGGACUCAGAGAAAAUACCGUGCAAGUCUUCACGCAAAGUAUUGCCGACAACAAUUACUGUUGGAAAAGGCAGUUACUAAGAUCCAGUCGUCCUACAGAGGAUGGGUGAUAAGGAAAAGGGUACAAAGGAUGCACAGGGCUGCUGCUGUAAUUCAGGCCACCUUCCGCAUGCACAGAGCCUGGGUGAGGUACCAGGGUUUGAAGCGGGCCUCAGUUGUGAUCCAAAAGCAAUACCAGGCGCACAGAGCUGCAAAACUGCAGCGGCAGCUCUUCAUCAGACAGAGACGCGCUGCCCUGAUCCUUCAGGCUGCCUUUAGGGGGAUGAGAACCAGAAGUCAUCUGAAGACUAUGCAUUCUUCUGCAACCCUGAUUCAGAGUAAAUUUAGAGCUCUGGUAAUAAGGAGGAGAUUCCUUGCUCUCAGAAAGGCAGCUAUAUUUGUUCAGAGGAAAUACCGAGCCACCAUUUACACCAAGCAAAAAUCGCACCAAUUCUUGCAGUUACAAAAGGCAGCCAUUACAAUACAGUCAUCUUAUCGAAGACUGAUGGUAAAAAAGAAGUUACAAGAAAUGCACAGGGCUGCAGUUCUCAUCCAGGCUACUUUUAGAAUGCACAGAACAUAUGUUAGAUUUCACGCUUGGAAACGUGCCUCGAUUAUAAUUCAGCAGCAUUAUCGAACAUAUAGAACUAUAAAACUACAAAGAGAAAAACUUCCCAGACAGUGGGACCAUGCUGGGCUCACUCAGGAUGCACAGGAAGGAAUCAAAGCUAGCGAGCUUUUAAAGGAACAACACAGUGCUGCCGUCACAAUACAAAGCGCAUACAGGAUGCAUAGGCAGCAUCUUUACUACCUGCAGCUUCGGUGGGCAGCAAAAGUAAUACAAGGAAAAUACAGAGAAAAGAAAAAGAGACAGCAAGCUCUUUUGCCCAAUGCGUGUAAGGAAGAAACAGCUCUUCUUCAGAUGCAUUUUCAGGAUUUGAACAGCAGGAUUCAGCAGCAGCAUGAAGCUGCCAUGACUGUACAGAAGCAUUUUAGAGCUUUUAAUGCAAGGAGGCACAUGGAGCCUGACAGAGGCUUCCAGGCUACAUCCAAAGCAGAAGCUGCCUGCAGGAUUCAAGCUUGGUAUAGGUGUUGGAGAGCACGCAAGGGGUACAUAGCUUUAUUAAAAGCUGUUAAAAUUACUCAAGGUUACUUCUGUGCCAAGCUGGAGAGAAGGAGGUUCUUGAAGAUGAGGGCGUCAGCAACUAUAAUUCAAAGGAGGUGGAGAGCUGUACUCUCUGCAAGAGUAGCUCAUGAGGCUUUGAUUUUAAAAAGACAUCAAGCUGCUUGUUUGAUACAAGCCCGUUUCCGAGGCUAUAAGGGAAGGCAGACCUUUCUACAGCAGAGAACCGCUGUUUUAAUCAUACAGAGAUGGGUGCGAGCCAUGGUGGCUGGGAAGCAUGAAAGGAUAAAAUAUAUCAAAUAUAAAAAGUCUACAGUUGUUUUACAAGCAUUGGCGCGUGGCUGGUUAGUAAGGAAAAGAGUUUCAGAACAGAAAGCCAAAAUUCGACUUCUCCACUUCACAGCGGCUGCAUACCGUCACAUGUGUGCUCUUAGAAUCCAGCGCGCAUACAGACUCCACAUGGCAAUGAAGAACGCUAAGACGCAUGUUGAUUCAGUCAUCUCUGUUCAGCGAUGGUUUCGAAGAAGAUUACAACAGAAGAGGCUUAUUGAACAGCGUCAGAAAGCCAUAAAAGCUGAACGUGAAGUGCAGGACUGUGAGCUCCGGCAGAGCAGGGCCGCAUCUGUGAUACAGAAGGCAGUGCGCCACUUUCUUCUUUGCAGAAGACAGAGAAAAAUCAAUAGCAGUGCCACUAGAAUUCAGGCACUAUGGAGAGGCUAUUCUUGGAGGAAGAAAAAUGACCGCACUGAAAUUAAAGCUAUCCGACUGAGCCUUCAAGCUGUCAGUAGGAACGUUGAGGAGGAAAACAAGCUCUACCGAAGAACUGCGCGUGCGCUUCAUCACCUGCUGACGUACAAGCACCUGUCUGCCAUUCUGGACGCUUUGAAGCACCUGGAGGUUGUUACUAGGUUAUCUCCACUCUGCUGUGAGAACAUGGCUGAAAGCGGAGCAAUUUCUACAAUCUUUGUUGUCAUCCAAACCUGUAACCGCAGUGUUCCGUGUAUGGAAGUUGUUGGAUAUGCUGUGCAAGUAUUGCUGAAUGUAGCAAAGUAUGAUAAAACGACCUCAGCCGUUUAUGAUGCUGAAAACUGUGUGGACACGCUGCUGGAGCUUUUGCAGGUGUACCGAGAGAAGCCUGGUGACAGAGUGGCCGGGAAGAGUGCCAGCAUUUUCACAAGAACUUGCUGUUUAUUAGCGGUGCUGUUGAAGACAGAGCAUUGCAUUUCUGAUGCAAAAAGUAGAUCAAAAGUCAUUGAUCGUAUUUAUCGUCUCUACAAGUUUAUAGUUCCUAAGCAUAAAGUGAACGCAGACGGGUUAUUUGACAAGCCGAAGCAGAAUCCCUGUAUAGGCUUUUCUUGUAAACCAGAAAGAGCUGUGAAGACCAGAAUAGUUUCCAGACUUAAGCCACAGUGGAUUUUGAGACGUGAUAAUAUGGAAGAAAUCACAAGUUCAGUGCAAGCUAUUCAGCUGUUGAUGGAUACUCUGGGCAUUCCUUAUUAGUAAAUGGAAACAUUUUCAGUGUGGGACUAUAAAAAAAUUACACCAAUCAUGGAUACAUGGAACAGUUUUUACUGUCAGUGUAAACUGUAUAUGACUUUGUAUAAAAAUAAAAAUGUAUAUAUUACUAGUUACUAAAUUGUUUAAUAUAGUCUUUACUUUUACUAUUAUUUUAAAAAUUUUUGUGAUUAUAAUUUCAUUACAUUUUCCCUUUUAUUUUUUCCCUCCAUAUCCUUCCAUAUACUGCUAACUUCUCUUUUUCAAGUUUAUUGUCUCUCUUCACUAAUUACUAUGCAUGCAUAUAUGUGUUUUUAUAUGCGUGUAUAUUUCUAAAUAUAGCAUAAUAAGUCCCUAUAAUGUCACAUGCAUGUGUGUUUUCAGAGCUGACUGGUUGGCAAUAUUUCUAUGCAUGUGAAAGCCUGGUUUGUCAUAAGAUGACUACAAUAUUUUUGUCUGUCAACUUAAAGUAUUUAUGUCUUUGACUGUAAUCC